AUCCCUCAUUAUGCUGUUCACCUGUUAUAAUGAAUAAUUCUCUGUAUUAAAUUUUACCACUUUAAACUUUUGAGUGGUUUAUGCUUCCUGAUUGGACUCUGACUAAUAUGUUAGGAAGGGUCCCAGGAGGUAAACCCACACAGAUGGGAUUUGGGCAUAGGUUUGGUUUCCCAGGGGGCAGUGCUGAGCUCUUUGCCAGUGGGAAAUGGGAUGCUGGUGAUUUCCAGUAGGUGACCUCACAGUGACUCAAGCUGCCACUUACUGUUGAUUGUGACGAAAUGCCAGCUGAGGCACAUGCCUUGGGAGCUAAGUGGUUGCUGCCCUUGACCACUGUGAAGACUGGUUUGGGAAGGGUCGCUUUGGAUGCACUUGAGCAGGGGUCCCCAACCCCUGAGCCAUGGAGCCGCAAGGAGCCACACAGCAGGAGGUGGGAACAUCCAGUUGCAGGAAAACAAGCUUAACACACCCACUGAUUCUACAUUAUGCUCCUACCUCCUGGCAGCCUCUCCAGGCCCAGAACUUUCUCCAGUCAGUCUCUACAGACCAAGCUCACGACUCACAAUGGCCUAUUUAGGCCCAUACCGUACCUCACGGCAGUCUCCGCAGAUGAGGCUACUGCCUCACAACAGCCUCCACAGGCACAGCUCCAUCGUUACAAUGGCCUCUUUAGACCCAGCUCCUGCCUCCCAGCCUUCUCUCCAGGCCCUGAACUUUCUCAAGUCGACCUCACCAGGCCCAGCUCAUGCUUCUUUGCAGCCUCUCCAGGCCCAGCUCCUGCAUCUUGGUGGCCCCUCCAGGCCCAGCCUCUACCUCCCGUCGGCCUCUACAGUCCCAACAUCUGCCUCACAGCAGAUUCUUCACGCCCAGCAUCUACCUCACUGUGGACCCCCCAAGCCAAGCUCCCAACCUUUUAGCAGCUUCUACACACCCAGCUCCUGCCACCCAGUGGCCUCUUUAGGCCAAGCUCAUGCUUCACAAGGGCCUUUCCAGGCCCAACUUUUGUCUCAUGGCAACCUUCCCUGGCCAGAUUCCUGCCUGUCUCCCAGCAGCCUAGACAGGCCCAGGUCUUGCCUCACACUGGCCUCUCCACAUCCAGCUUAUGCCUCACGGUGGCCUCUCCAGGCCCAACUCCUGUCCCAGGACGUCAUCUCCGGGCCCAAAACUUCCUCAAGUCAGACUCUCUAGUCCCAACUGCUGCCUCCUGGUGGCCUAUGAAGGCCCAAAAUCUCCUCAAGUUGACCUCUCCAGGCCCACCUCCUGCCUCCUUUUAGCGUCUACAGGCUCAACCUCUGCCUCAUGGGGGCUUCUCCAGGCCCACCUCUUUCUCUUGGCUGGGUCUACAGGCACAACUGCUGCCUCACAACAGCCUUUUUUGGCCCAGUUCCUGUCCAGCUCAUGGCGGCCAAUGUAGGCCCAAAACUUCCUCAAGUCAAAUUCUCCAGGCCCACCUUCUGCUUCCCGGUGGCCUGAACAGGCCCAGCUUUGACUUGAGAACAGCCUCUGCAGGCCCUGCUCUUGCCUCCCAGGGGCUUUUUCCAGGCCCAACUCUUGCCUCAUGGCAGCUGCCCCAGGCCAAAUUUCUGCCUGCCUGCCAGCAGCCUCAACAGGCACAGCUCCUCCCUCACAGUGGCCCAUUUAGGCCCAACUCAUGACUGUCGGGCCAUUUCCAGGCCUAGUGCCUGCCUCGUGGCUGACUCUUGAAGCCCAAAACUUCCUCAAAUCAGCCUUUUGCCCAACUUGUGUCUACUGUCGGACUCUACAGGCCAGCCUCUGCCUCACAGUGGACCCUCCAGACCCAGAUGGUGUCUCACUGUGGCAUCCUCAGGCGAAGCUCCUGCCUUUCGGCAGCCUCUCCAGGCCCGGCUCCUCCUGCCUCCCAGUGGCCUCUUUCGGCCCAGCCCAGCUCAUGCCUCCCGGCGGCCUUCCCAAGCCCCGCUUUUGACUUUCGGUGGCCUCUGCAGGCCUCGACAAGGCCCAGCCUCCUGCCUCCCGAAGGCCUGCACAGGCCCAGCCUCUGCCUCACAGCGGACUCUCCACACCCAGCUAGCUGUUGCCUCACUGCGGCCUCCCGAGUCCAAAGCUCCUGCCUCUCGGCUGCUUCGGCAGGCCCAGCUCCCGCCUGCCAGUGGCCUCUUCAGGCCCAUGGGGCUCAUUCCUCACAACGGCCUUUCCAGGCCCAGUUUUUCCCUUCCGGCGGCCUCUCCGG